GGCGCUUGUUGACACGUUCAUACCGAGAACGUCCGAGAAGUAGCGUGGGGAGUUUCUCAGCCAUGGUAAGCCUUGCAGAGCGGUCCCUGCUCGAAACUGAGUUAUCGCGCAAGACGAAUGUUUUCUGAAAAUUCCCGUCUGGGACCGGCCCGGGAACCAUGUCCGCUCCGACCCCGCAUCGACAUGAGCAAGAUUUGGUUCAGCGGCGUGACCUCACAGAGUCGUCGUUCAAAAACCAAAGAGGCUGGCGUUCUCUUCCUCAAGCUGUCAAUGGCGCAAGGCAGACGGCAGCACAGCAGCAGCCGAACCGGGUUGAGGGGAGCAGGAUCCAACCACUACCUCUGAGUAAUCGGGGCAUAAGGUGGCGACUUGAGGACAAUCCCAGCACCAGGGAGCCUCCGCUGGAUGACUGCGUGCGGAUGGGGACGCUGUUUGGGAUGUUCAAUAAGUGUCUGCGAGGGAUGGGUUUCAGCCAGAUGUACUUUGGAGACAAGAUAGUCGAGCCAGUGGUGGUCAUUUUCUUCUGGCUACUGCUGUGGUUCCUUGGCAUUCAGGCUCUUGGACUUGUGGGAACUCUGUGCAUCAUCAUCAUUUACAUCCAGGAGUAAUGAGAGUCGGCACUUUGGUAGCUGUGGAUGCUUUUGGAAAUUUUCGGUUUGGACGGCCCUGCACAACGGCGCUUUUAUAGAGACCUGUCCUGUCAUGUUGACGAACGGGGGCUUUGCAGGUAUUAGUGGAGGAAUUGGAAACAAAGAAGAAGUCAAGAUACAAAAGAUAAUUUGACCAUUUUUAAAAAAUAUAAAUCCAUGUGGUGAAUUUGGCAACCAAUUAAAGCAGCAGUUUAAUUGGUUUUGCCCCACGGGCCGGUUUAAUGUCAGACAAUAUUUUCACCGUUAAAGUGUGGCGGAUAAAUACAACAAAAUAAUAUGAUAUGACCUGCAUGAAAACUGUCGUAUUUUUGAAACAAUAAUAAAUACGAAUCGUGACACGAGGAACAUCCUAUCUGACCGCAACCCUCUGUGAUCGCUUUGGUAAUGUUUAAAACGUGCCUUCAAAAUAAGCUACACCGCAAAUACAAAGUGCAUAAAAAACACAACUCAACAUUGCCACAUAUCAUGCUGAGUGGGAAUCUCUCGUUGAACUAAAUACGUAUUUUAAGUGGGACUCUUGAUACUGUCGAUUAAAUGUAGCCUUCUUUUUCUUGGUCGUCAGAGGCUCCUCUUCUGGGUCCUGGCUGGGCCUUUUUCCCUUUCCAAAUACUAUUUUUUUUUAAAACUCAUUUUGCUAGCUCAUGGGUUUCAUUUUAGCGGUAACCGAGAAGCACACCUUGACCUGCGUCAAGAGUGACAUACUUCUAGAGACAAUCCAGUAAUUUUUAAAUGAAUGCAACGGAAGUAUUGUAAGUUAUUCUUUCUGUGCGGCCCAGUCCCAAAUUACAUCUGAAUAAGACAAGAAAACCUUUAUUUGUCUCACAAUGGAGAAAUCCCAAUUUACAGCAACAAAAUUAUGAAAAGGAGAAGUAGAAGAGGAAAAAGUAUACAUGUAUAAAUAAAUGCAAAUUACAAAAUCUGAAUGACACACGGACCGGUACUGGUCUGCGGCUCGGGGACCACUUCAUUAAAGAAUACCAAGAGUGACUUAUAAGGUGUCUACCAUUGAGGCCUUUUUACUUUUGGCUUAUACUUUCUACUGUACAAUUCGGGCAGAUAACCGACAAAAUAUUACUGGGUUUGCCGCCUACAUUUUGAGAAUGUCUGAGAGGUUGUUGGUUUUUUUUUUUGGGGGGGGGGAUCAAUUAAUACAAAAGAAAAAUUGUGAUUUUAGAGUUUCUUGAUGCUGUCAAUACGAGGGGGCACGGUCCUAAUUUCUGUUUGAGUUCAUCCCAAUUUAUUCGGACUGAUAGGGCUAAGAUCAGGGCAUUAUUCGGUCACACCCGUCCCACAUCAAACUUAUUCAAGCUAUAAUCCUGUCUUUUGGACUUUGGUUUGUGCAAUGGCACAGUAAAGUUCACAACUGCUGAUUGCAUUCUCCUGAGGGAAACAAUAAACUUCCUUUUUGGAAAAGUA